CGGUCCCGCUUUUCCCAGGCCCCUGGCGCUCGGCGGAGACGCGAAGGAUGACGCCAUCGGGCCGCGCCGAAAGAAGGUCACACGGGAUCCUCCAACAUGGCGGCAGCGGCGCUGCGGGGAGGCUGGUGCCGCUGCCCGCGGAGAUGCCUCGGCAGUGGAGUCCAGUUUCUAUCCAGCCACAACCUAGUGCCACUACCGCAGGGUACCUAUCAGCUACGCCGGCCGGGUGGAGAGCUGCCCCUGUCCAAAUCCUAUUCUUCUGGAAGCAGAAAAGGCUUUCUGUCCGGCUUGCUAGAUAAUAUCAAACAAGAAUUAGCCAAAAACAAAGAAAUGAAAGAAAGUAUAAAAAAAUUCCGAGACGAGGCCCGGAAGUUGGAAGAGUCAGAUGCACUCCAGGAAGCCAGGAGGAAAUACAAAACAAUUGAAUCUGAAACUGUGCGGACGAGCGAGGUGAUCAAGAAGACGCUGGGGGCCAUCACAGGCACCGUGAAGGAGAGUCUCGAUGAAGUCAGUAAAAGUGACCUUGGCCGGAAAAUCAAGGAGGGUAUGGAGGAAGCAGCCAAAACUGCCAAGCAGUCGGCUGAGACGGUGUCCAAGGGCGGGGAGAAGCUGGGCAGGACCGCCGCCUUCAAAGCCCUCUCUCAGGGGGUGGAAUCAGUGAAGAAGGAGCUUGACGAGAGUGUCCUGGGCCAGACCGGGCCCUACCGGAGGCCCGAACGGCUCAGGAAAAGGAAGGAGUUUGCCGGAGAGAAGUUCAAGGAAGAGAAAGUGUUUGAGCCCAACGAGGAGGCCCUGGGGGUCGUGCUGCACAAGGAGUCCCGGUGGUACCAGCAGUGGAAGGACUUCAGAGACAACAACGUGGUGUUCAACCGGUUCUUCGAGAUGAAGAUGAAGUACGAUGAGAGUGACAAUGCGCUCAUCCGGGCCUCCCGCGCGCUGACAGACAAGGUCACAGACCUGCUGGGGGGCCUGUUCUCGAAGACGGAGAUGUCGGAGGUGCUCACGGAGAUCCUGCGUGUGGACCCCGCCUUCGACAAGGAGCGCUUCCUGCAGCAGUGCGAGAGCGACAUCAUCCCCAAUGUGCUGGAGGCCAUGAUUUCUGGCGAGCUCGACAUUCUCAAAGACUGGUGCUAUGAAGCUACCUAUAGCCAGCUGGCCCACCCAAUCCAGCAGGCCAAGGCGCUGGGCCUCCAGUUCCACUCCCGCAUCCUGGACAUUGACAACGUCGAUCUGGCCAUGGGCAAGAUGAUGGAGCAGGGCCCCGUGCUGAUCGUCACCUUCCAGGCCCAGCUGGUGAUGGUGAUCAAGAACCCCAAAGGCGAGGUGGUCGAGGGCAACCCGGACAAGGUGCUCCGUAUGCUGUAUGUGUGGGCGCUGUGCCGGGACCAGGAUGAGCUCAACCCCUAUGCAGCCUGGCGGCUCCUGGACAUCUCCGCUUCCAGCACAGAGCAGGUCCUCUGACCGCGGCGGCCAAAACCGGGGCUCUGGGGCUGGAUCGUCACACAGCAGCCACAUGGGGCGGGACCGACGUCCACCUGUGGCAACAGACCUCGGGACAAGACUGUUGGCUCUUCCCUGCUCUCUGCCAGGGCAGCUGCAGAACCAGCUGGACAGGGAAGGGCCCAGGGCUGCCAAGGGCUGCACCGCCCUCUGCCCCCCAAGGGCUGCUGGCCAGCAGGUUACCAGGGCACGUAAGCCAGACAGUGAGUGCCAAGAGACCCUUGCCCAGGGACUCCUCUGGGGGGCAGGACAGUGGGGCCCACGGGCCAUGUCAGCCAGGCCAUUUUAGCUCCAUUUUUUAAAAAAUUUAACAGUGUCCUUAUUAUCCUGUAUGUAUGUCUGAGAUUUGGAAAUGAUAAUAAAACACCAAAGUGCAGGAGAGCAA